AAAGCAAAGCGAAUUGACACGUUCGGUUUACUACUCUCUAACAUAGUAUACUUUAUUGCAGUUAAAAGCUAAAGUUGGACUUUUAUUGUCAUGGCUGUGAUUGGAUUGUUCGCGUCUUCGCAAAGGAAUCGGAGUUUGUCCUCGGAGGCAUAGAUCCGAGUUAAAACCUUAUAGUAGUUAGCGCGGGAGAUUUCCUCCUGCUUCGUGAUGACGUGGUGUCGCGGGGUGUGUCUCAGUUUUCUACCGAGGGUGCCUUUCGCAUUCAGAAAGCAACCACAGUCCCGAGAGAACCUGAAAAACUUCCAGCAUUUGGCAAACUAUGGAAGGAAUUCAGCAGCCGAGCCUUGGUCAUCCAAACGGUGGCGUAACCAGGAAGAGAGAAGACUACCUGGAAUGGCCAGACUAUUUUAUGGCUGUAGCCUUUCUGUCAGCCCAAAGGAGCAAAGACCCAAGCUCACAGGUUGGGGCGUGUAUAGUGAACCAGGAGAAUAAAAUAGUUGGCAUUGGUUACAAUGGUAUGCCCAAUGGCUGUGAUGAUGACCUACUACCGUGGUCCCGUUCUGCUGAUGACCAGCUUGACACUAAAUACCCUUACGUGUGCCAUGCAGAGCUGAAUGCCAUUAUGAACAAGAAUAGUGCUGAUGUGAAAGGCUGUACCAUGUAUGUGGCUUUGUUCCCCUGCAACGAGUGUGCCAAGCUCAUCAUCCAGGCAGGUAUUAAGGAAGUGGUCUAUCUGUCUGACAAGUACCAUGACACGCCGCAGAUGACCGCUUCCAGAAGGCUGCUCAGCAUGGCAGGUGUACAGUUCAGGCUGUUCAAGCCCAGGAAGAGUGAGAUUGUCAUUGAUUUUAAUUCCAUUAACCACACUUGAAUGCUGAACAGCGCAACCAAGUGAAAAUGCAAACGACUCACCUUGGGGAGCCACUGAAUGAGGCAGCGAGCAGAGGAAGACUGAUGAAAUUGAAAGGGACUUUGAUGCUUCUUUUCUGUAUGUCUUCUUGCCCCCUGCUUUGUCCAAAGGAAAACUCAAGGAUACCUUGACUUUGGCGUCUUUUGAUAUUUUGAUUUAACUGGAUAUUCGAGAUAAGUUCAUUCUGAGGCUUUGCUCCUUUUGGCUGACUGUUGCGGGAGGUCCUUCUAUGCUGUUUAAGUUUUUUUGAACAUGCUAUUUUGAGUGUUGUUGUUUUUAAACUUCUCUGUUGUCAAUCAGAUUUUCAUAUGGCUGUCUGUACAGGGGAAAACCUGAUAUCUGUUUUUCUCCUCCAUCAAAAAAGGUUCCACAUUAAUACAGAGGUGUCUUGAUAUUUAAUUUAUUUGACUUUUGACUUUUUGGCAUUCACCGCCGAAGCCGUCUCUUUUCUAUUGAAAACUGGCAGCCUUUUAGCAUCUGGGUUAACAGUUGAGGUUUCAUGGGGUACAGAUUUUGUGUUCUCUAUUAUUUUAUAAGUACACGGUAAAAAAUGGCAAAACUUUCUAAUCAUCCAACCUUGAUACAAAUUUCACUUUUACCAGGCAUGAAUUUCAUUUUAAUGCUGAUUGAUUGCAUGCAACUGAAUCUCAUAUCACUCUGUAUAUCACUCCCCGCAAUUUACAGGUUAUUUGCAUUAAAUUGGCACUGUUUGAAAUUAGGGUCAUCAACCCUGUUUGUAAAAAGUAGCGUCUGUAAAAUGUAACCUUUAAUCUACCUUUAUUUUCUUUAACCGUUUGUUUAAACAGUUGGUUUCAUUGAGAUCUACAAUGUACUACUACUACUAUGUAUGACAGUUUUGAGAUGCUCUCUGAAAAAUUAAAUGUGCAUCUACUACUUUA